CAACUUGAAUUGGUUUUGGGCACUUUCAUGUUUUACUCCCUUAGUAGCCUCGAGUUCAUAUGUUUACUGACCUUGUUGUACCCAAGGGGCCUAGCCAAACUUUCACACCAUGGGAAUGUGUCCUCGAAUCAUGUUCGCGCUAUGGUAUGGCAGUACGGAGUACGCCAUGUCCAAACCCGGCGACCUCCACUGCGUGUCAUCAAGUUCACAGGCUGGCAACGAUACAGUGCCGUCCUUAAUAUACUUACCGUGAUGCACAUUUCUCCUACAUGGAUCGAAGAUCUGAGUAUGCAAGUUAUCAGACGUGCGUAUCUACAAUCCCACGGGGAAAGUGUCCGGAGUAUCCGCCACGCCUUCCAAGGCUAAGUCGACAUGGUACGAAUACAGCCAACCUGGCCCGACGGGCCAAGGCCGGGUAUAAGCCAGCUUACCCCGUUUUUUCACAGCCUGACCACUUAUCAUUAGGGACUUUGUGAGCGUCGUGGUUGAGUGCGGUAAGGAGUUGAAUUGGUUGUUGGCGGUUGAGGCUGCUGGUCGAUACAAAGGGCAAGAUUCCAGUGGAACGAGUGGAUUCCAUUACAGUUGAAAACGGCCUACCGCGCAAAGCAUGAAAUUGCUUGUGAGUCAAACUAGGAUCGAAACUGUAGCUUGAGUGGCAACUAUGAGACAUUGAGAGAUCCUGUCGGCAUGGCUAGUCGAGGUCUGCUAGGGAGACCGCGAGACGAGGUCCGGAUCAAGAGAUCCGCUCAAGCAGACUCAGUAUCACUCAUAGUCACAUAUCUGGGGGAACAACGUUUACGCGAC